AUGUCGCUGGCUGAAGUUCCACUGACUCCAACGGUGCUCGGCAGGACCAAUAAAAGUGGCCAUUUUGCUGCUAAAUGCCGAACACGGAACAAUCGGAAGCGACCAAACACUGAUGAUGCACAUGUGAAGCCUAAGACCGAGAAAAUACGAUGUAUUCGAGAGGAUGAUGAUGAUGAUGCUACAUCAUCUUCAAACUUCAUCUUCAACAUUGGUGAUGGAGAUGAUCUUAUUUGGUGUAAGAUUGGAGGCAUCCUUACUGAGAUGCUUAUUGACUCAGGUUCAGCUCACAAUAUAAUUGAUGAACACUCUUGGGAAUACCUCAAAAAGAGUGGGAUAAAAGUUCGGAACAUGAACAAGACAGUUCACCGAGAGCUCCGUGCUUAUGCACAAACUAAACCUUUGGAGAUCAUUGGCUCUUUUGAGGCUGAUAUUCUUAUUGCGGAUGUGGAUAAGGAUCUGGUGGCUCAAGCAAAAUUUUAUGUCAUCAGAGGAGGCACUCAGCCACUUCUAGGAAAAAUCACGGCUAAAUUACUCGGGGUGCUAGUUCUAGGACUGCCUAGCACCAGACAAAAUCAAGUCAAUCAACUGGAGGACAAUCCUUCAGCAUGCCAGACGCCCCCCAUCGCUCUCCUCAGCAAAGUUGAGGAAAAGCUCGAUGAAUUACUGAAGGCAGAUAUUAUUGACCCGGUGAGAGGACACAGUGAUUGGGUGUCUCCGAUUGUCGUUAUUGCCAAAGACAACGGUGAUAUAAGACUAUGUGUUGAUAUGCGACAAGUCAACAAGGCGGUAAAAAGGGAGAACCAUUUGAUGCCAAUGUUUGAAGACUUUUUGCCCAGGUUGAGAUCAGCUAAAAUAUUCUCACGCCUUGAUGUGAAGAAUGCGUUCCAUCAGAUUGAACUUGAUCCCUCAUGUCGGCAUAUAACGACAUUCAUCACUCAUAAAGGAAUGUAUAGAUAUAAAAGAUUGAUGUUCGGCAUCUCUUGCGCUCCAGAAAUUUUCCAAAAGACUAUGGAGCAGAUAUUAUCAAAAUGUGUGAAUGCUCUCAAUUACAUUGAUGACAUUGUAGUGUUUGGGGCCACGAUUGAGGAACAUGAUGAUGCUCUACGAGGUGUCAUUAAAGCAUUCAAGGAAUAUGAUGUCUUACUCAACCAAGGAAAGUGUCACUUCAGAGUCAAACAACUUGAAUUUUUGGGACAUAUGAUUUCUGAGAAAGGAAUUAGGCCAACGGAGAGUAAGAUAGAAGCUGUUCAAAAAUUCCGCGCUCCGCAAUCAAAAGAAGAAGUUCGCAGUUUCUUGGGGUUAGUAACAUACGUUAGUCGAUUCUUGCCAGACUGCGCUACAAUUACUUUCCCUCUUCGGGAAUUGUGUUGUAGCAAGGAGGUUUUCAAAUGGGAAAAGAAUCACGAAGAGGCCUUCAAGACUUUAAAAGCUAUGAUUGCGGACUCUCAAACACUGAGUUAUUUCAAUAAUAAUCGCGUAACCCAAGUCGUAGCUGAUGCUUCGCCAGUAGCAUUAGGGGCUGUUCUGGUUCAGUUUGAAGGUGAAGAUAGGGAGCAUCCUUAUGUAAUCAGUUACGCCAGUAAGAGUUUGUCGGAGACUGAGCGCCGUUAUUGCCAAACGGAAAAGGAAGCUCUGGCACUCGUAUGGGCAGUAGAGAGGUUCAGUGUCUAUCCUAUCGGACGUGUUUUUGAAUUAGUGACUGAUCAUAAGCCACUGGAGGUGAUUUUCAAGCCUUCUGCGAAACCAUGUGCAAGAAUCGAAAGAUGGCUUUUAAGGCUGCAGUCGUUCACUUACAAAGUUGUUUAUAAAAAGGGAUCUCUGAAUGUGGCAGAUUCUCUCUCCAGAUUGCCAGAGGUAGAAGUGGCAAAAGAUUUUGAUAAGGACAGUGAGAUUUUUGUAAGGGCAGUUAUGGAGUCAGCAGCAGUCGAUGUUUCCGAAAUUGAAGAGUGUUCGAAGAAUGAUAAGGAGCUCAAAAUUGUUCGAGAGUGCUUGGAAUCAGGCAAUUGGAAUCGUCCAGAGGUCAAGAAAUAUCAGCCUUUUGUGAUGGAACUUGGUCAAGUUGGAGAUAUUGUUGUCAGAGGCAAUAAGUUCGUGGUGCCAUUUGAUUUGAGGCAGAGGAUGCUGGAACUUGCUCAUGAAGGACAUCCCGGGGAAACAACCAUGAAGCGGAGAUUGAGAGAUCGCGUAUGGUGGCCAGGAAUGGAUUCGGAAGCAGUCAAGGUGGUACAAAGUUGCGAAGGUUGCCGUCUAGUGGCAGGACCCUCCAAACCGGAACCGAUGUUGAGGAAGACUUUACCAGAGGGACCAUGGAUCGACAUUGCAAUAGACUUCAUGGGACCACUGCCUAGUGGAGAGUAUCUGCUUGUGAUAGUCGAUUAUUACAGCAGAUACAAGGAGGUGGAAGUCAUGACUAAGAUUUCUGCAAGAGAUACAAUCAAUCGCCUAGACAAGAUCUUCAUUCGACUCGGAUAUCCCAGAACUAUCACAUUGGACAAUGCGAAACAAUUUGUGAGUGGAGAACUGGAUGAGUAUAGCAAACAGAAGGGCAUUGUACUGAAUCAUACAAUUCCAUAUUGGCCGCAACAGAACGGUGAGGUUGAACGCCAGAACCGGUCCUUGUUGAAGAGAAUUAAGAUAAGUCAUGCACUAAAUCGUGACUGGAAGCAAGACUUGAAGGAUUACCUUCUUAUGUAUUAUACAACUCCGCAUUCAACCACUGGAAAGACGCCUACAGAGUUAUGCUAUGGAAGGACAAUAAGAGGGAAGAUUCCAGCCCUUGGAGACAUUGCCACUGCCCCACCGAGUUCAGAAUUCAGAGAUCGUGAUCGCAGACUGAAAGAGAAAGGAAAGGAGAGAGAAGAUGAACGACGCGGUGCUAAGUCUUCAUCUGUUAUAGAAAAGGGAGAUUCCGUGUUGCUUAAGAAUUUACCAGGAAAUAAACUUGAAACUAAUUUCGGGCGUACAGAGUAUGAGGUCAUCGAGAAAUCUGGACCAGCAGUCACGGUGGUAGACAAAGAUUCUGGGAAGAUAUAUGAACGUAACAGCGCUCAUGUGAGGAAAGUAUUAAAGCUAGAAAGCAUUCAUCAGGAUGGAGACAAUGCAGAGGAAACAGUGCGGCGAUCUCUAAGGCAGCGAAAGGUACCAAGGAAGCUUGAGGGAUUCAAUACUUAA